CUGUCUUUUGUCUCGGCAUCAUACAGACACAAUGCUCUGGUUGGAUCAAUGCUGAAUCCUGCCCGUGCUUUCGGCCACCUUGACCCCUCUCAUCAUGGGGUGAUCCAUCUAUAAAUACGCCCCAUGAACUGCGUGGGGAGCUUUUACAUUCCAAGCAACGCAUCUCACUUCUUCCCCUCCCCCUCUUUAUACUUACUUGUGCACCAUCAAGACAAAACUACCAUGGGUUCAGCAGGUGCCUCCACCCUCCCCAAAGAUUUUCUUUGGGGCUUCGCCACAGCCAGCUACCAAAUCGAGGGCGCCGUCGCCGAGGACGGCCGCGGCCCGUCGAUCUGGGACACCUUCUGCAAGAUCCCCGGCAAAAUCGCCGACGGGUCGAACGGCGACGUGGCGUGCGACUCGUACCACCGGGUCGACGAGGACAUUGCCUUGCUGAAGCAAUGCGGGGCCCAGGCGUAUCGAUUUUCGAUUUCAUGGUCCCGAAUCAUCCCCCUCGGCGGCCGCAACGACCCCAUCAACCAAAAGGGCAUCGACCACUACAGCGCCUUCAUCGACCGGCUGCACGCCGCCGGGAUCGUCCCGCUGGUGACCCUGUACCACUGGGACCUGCCGGACGAGCUGGACAAGCGGUACGGCGGGCUGCUGAACAAGGAGGAAUUCGUGGCGGACUUCACGCACUACGCGCGGGUGCUGUUCGCGGCGUUCGGCAGCCGCGUCAAGCACUGGAUUACCUUCAACGAGCCGUGGUGCAGUGCAGUGCUCGGGUACAACGUCGGGCAGUUUGCGCCGGGCCACACGAGCGACCGCUCCAAGAGCAGUGUCGGGGAUGGGUCGCGGGAGCCGUGGAUCGUCGGGCAUAACCUGUUGGUGGCGCAUGGGGCGGCGGUGAAGGUGUAUCGGGAGGAGUUCAAGGAGAGGGAUGGCGGGGAGAUCGGGAUUACGCUGAACGGCGACUGGGCCGAACCCUGGGACCCGGCCAACCCGGCCGACGUCGAGGCGUGCACCCGCAAGAUCGAAUUCGCCAUCUCCUGGUUCGCCGACCCCAUCUACCACGGCAAGUACCCGGACAGCAUGGUGCAGCAGCUGGGCGACCGGCUCCCCGCCUGGUCCGCCGAGGACCGCGCCCUCGUGCUCGGCAGCAACGACUUCUACGGCAUGAACCACUACUGCGCCAACUACAUCAAGGCCAAGACCGGCGAGCCCGACCCCACCGACACCGCCGGCAACCUGGAGAUCCUGCUGCAGAACAAGGCGGGCGAGUGGAUCGGCCCCGAGACCCAGUCGGCGUGGCUGCGUCCGUGUGCCAUCGGGUUCCGGAAGCUGCUGAAGUGGCUGAGUGACCGCUACGGGCAGCCGAAGAUCUACGUGACGGAGAAUGGCACGAGCCUGAAGGGGGAGAACAAUCUGCCCGUCGAGCAGUUGCUGCAGGAUGAGUUUCGCGUGCAGUAUUUCCGGGAUUAUAUCGCCGCCAUGGCAGAUGCGUAUACGCUCGACGGGGUGAAUGUGCGCGCGUACAUGGCGUGGAGUUUGAUGGAUAACUUCGAGUGGGCCGAGGGGUACGAGACUCGAUUCGGCGUGACUUAUGUGGAUUAUGAGAAUGGGCAGAAGCGCCUCCCGAAAGAGAGUGCUAAGCAGAUUGGGAAGAUCUUCGAGCAGUAUAUUGAGAAGGAGUAGCGGAUCAUCUGCAUAGCAGGGUAAGAUAUAGUUUACUAGUGGUUAACAUAUGCUGUGCAGCUUUCUGAUGGCUGAGAAGUGCUCUCAUGUAACUCGAUCAAAGAAUGAGGAUAAAUUGCAUCGAUUAUGAACCUUGC